AUGGCGGCGUUGGUAGCAGUUCCCAACGGCUCUUUAUUGACCCCAGAUUACAUCGCAUACACCAACGCACCCGUUCUUCUCACACAAUUUGGAGCCUUGUUUGGUGUUGCGUCUCUUGUCGUAGUCCUACGAUGUUACGUUCGAGCAGUCAUGAUCAAAUCUUUUGGCAAGGAUGACUGGAUUAUGCUUCUUGCUUACGCAUUUUCUGCUGCGACUUUCGCCACGUACAUCGAGCAGACGAAGGUCGGCAUGGGAAAGCACAUGGCCGUGAUUACGAUGAAUCAGGACUCGUACCAGGAGCUCCUGCGGUUACGACAAGUUGCAUCAAUCCUUGCUAGCUUUGGCGUAGCGCUGGUCAAGAUAUCCAUCGCCUAUUUUCUGUUGCGACUCGUAGUACACAGGGGUUAUGUGUGGUUCCUGCAUGGCCUCAACAUCUUCAUGACCCUCUUUACAUUCGCUUGCGUGGGCACAUUGGUCCAACCAUCUGUCAGACAUAUCCCGUCGAUGAUCCCCCAUACAGCAAACCUAGUCAUUCUAGAGCGCUUGGCGCUUGCCGUCAUAUGGCAAUGCAUUCCUGUAGAAGCUACGUGGAACGUGAAACUUCGGCCACCUCCGCAUGGUACUGGGACGGCCAAGUGCUUCUCUCCCGAGACUUUCACAAACAUAGGACUCAUGAAUACAGUCAUAACCAUUGUCACCGAUAUAAUGGUUGCUCUACUCCCCGUUCCACUCGUAUGGCAGCUGCAACUCAAUCUUCGCGCAAAGAUAUCGCUCAUUCUCGUUUUGUCACUUGGCAUCUUUGCUGCGGUUGCUGCAAUCGUCAAAGCAGGUAUUCAAAAAACGAUCCUCGCUGACCCCGACCCUUUCGUUACCGACCGCUUCACUCUUUGGCGAUUUAUUGAGUUCGACGUAGGCAUCAUUGCAGCGUCUCUACCGGCCCUCAAACCUAUGUUCAACUGGUGCCUUGGAGCUGCGCGCGGACUGACCACGAAAGCUCCGCGAGCGACCGGCGCGCCAAACUCACUCGGCUACCACAAACAGUCAGAACGCUCGGACAAGGGUAUAGCGUUGGACAAGUACGAUCGUCGGGCGACCAACACAGUCAGCAUAUCAUCCAGGCCCCUGAAUAACAAUCCUUGGAGCGUGGGAGCAGCUAAGGACAGUGACGAGAGUAUUCUACCGCUACACAACGUCGAGGAGAAGGGUAACGGAAUUGUGGUGACACGGGACGUACGCAUUUGUUGA